AAAAUGAAGAUGGAUCAAAUGAAACAACUCAAAGUUCACAAGAAUCAUCUUUCGAAUAUAGAAAUGAAUUUAAAAUAUUUUCAAAACAAUCAAACGUAAAAUUUGAAGGAACUCAUAAAGAAAUAUUAAAUUAUUCGUUGGGUGAGGAAAUUAAAAAAUCAGAAUUUAUAUGUUAUAAUUUCAGUGAAUUUUCCAAUUUUAAAAAAAUUGGCGAAGGAGGAUAUUGCCAAGUCAAAAAAGCAUAUUGUAAAAGCCGUAGCAAAAUGAUAGCGCUUAAAAGUCUGAAAUCUAAAAUGAUCUCGAAUAAAUGCGUUUGCGAAGAAUUCAUCAGAGAGUUUUGA